AUGUUUAAGAGUCACCCAACUGUGGCAUUGUUUGAUAUUCGCAUCCAGUCUCCUUACAAGGAUACUUUGCUAGUCAGUAGCCUAGAGAAUGAUAACCAGCCCACACCUUUAUCAGGGUCGCUGGUCUUUUCGUUGUCAGAAGAUAUAAUUGUCAAAUCGAUAAGUCUUAAGCUUCUGGGUACUUUCAAGCUUGACUUUUUAAAACAACUUCAUGACAAUAACAGAUUGGUAGCUACGACUGCGGUAAAGGAAAAUGGCACUGUCUUAGAGGUAGACUGGGCAAAUUUACUAACAACAAGUGAUGGAUCUAUUACGAGUGGCGACUACGGCCAGAAACCAAAAUUCAGAUAUGCUCAUCCAACAGAUUUUCUCAACGAUUUGUUGAAUGACCCACAUUUACCAUCUAAUGAUUUUAUUGGAGGCAGGAACAACACUAAAAUAAAUUUUAAAAAAGGACAGCAUAUAAACUUCCCUUCUUGCCCUCCAAACACAACUCCGUUCGAUAGUUCGGUACAAGGAUGUUUGUUUAAGCUAAGUCAAGGGAAUUAUGCUCUACCAUUUCAAGUGUCUCUCCCUGCAAAUGUUCCAGACACUGUAGAGGGCUUGAGAUCUGGAUCUAUUUUAUACAAACUUCAUGGAGUAUUGAAUGUGGCUAAAGGCAAAGAGAUUUCAACUUAUAAGUAUUUGAGAAUUUUUCGAACUCAACUUCAAUCAUCACUAGCCCUCUCUCAAGAAUGUGUUCUGGAGGAUAAUUGGGCUGACAAACUACAAUACCAAAUUACUUUACCAUCAAAAGGUAUUCCCAUCGCUGGGCAGGCUACUGUCCAGAUCUUAAUCAUACCUUUCACGAAAGAGUUAAAGCUCGGAAAGAUAAGGAUAUCUCUCGAACAGUAUUUUUGGCUUCAGAACUCUCAUGCUCAAAUAUUUGGAGAUUCGUCAGUUGUUUUCCGCAAGAAUAUAGCUGUUUCUACUGAUGAUCUGGGGCAGGAUCGCUGGGAUAUUUUGAGAACUUUUGAUAUACCUUCAAACUUAAAAGAAAUAACUCAAAGUGUCGAAGUUAGAGAUAAUCUGUUAACCGUGAAACAUAAACUGAAAAUAUGCAUUGAACUAAUUUUGGAUGGGGUCACAUCUGAAGUACGAGCAUCUGUUCCAGUUACAGUAUACAUAUCAACCAGUAAUGAUGUUACAGGGCGCUCUAUUCAAGUGGAUAAGUUGGGACGAUUUAGAAUCAAACCAAGGGAAGAGAUCAAAUUGUUUGGAGAUGCAGAGUUUAGAAAACAUGUCAGGCCUCCAAAUGACCAGCCUCCUCCAGUAUAUGACAGCCACGUAUACGAUCCCAAGCUGGAAGGAACUGCCCCCGCAUCACGCUCGCCAAUACUCUCGCGUAGUUUGACUCCUCUGGGUUCUCCAGGGAUGACAGAUAUCGUUGAUUCAGAGUUAGAAAUAUACCCUUUAGAGCUGGAUUCUUGUACUUCCUCUCCGAGAUUCCAGGACCAGACUAUCGACAGUAAUCCCCCGAAUUAUAUUCGGGCAGUUGGUUCCGAUAGUGCAACACCGGAUCUUGCUCCAUUAUAUACAGGAGGGUUGGGCCCCGAGGAGCUUAACGAGAUAAACAACCGAUUGAAAGAAUUCGGAGUCACUACAACGUCAUCUAGCUCAAAUACCACUCUUUCAUCUAGACCCAAGUUGUUAAAGACAUUGUCAGGAAACAGUUUUUUUAGGAGUAAAAACUUCACUGGCCACACCAAACCUUCAUCAGGGCACACAAGUUCGACAUCAAUUAACAAUUUAUUGAAGAAGAAGUAA